CACUUUCAAACAAGUUGCUAAAUCCCUCUGCUCUCAGCUGUCAGCUGUCUCUCCUGCUCUUUCUUCCUGUUUGCUGGGACAUCUCCAUCUCUUGGGUCAGCUUCUCUACAACAUUAUUUUACAUUUGUCAUCUUUAUCGCAGUUCUGCUUUACUUAUCUGUGCACCUCUGCUUUCCACAAAGAAAGGAUUCCCUGAAAGGAAACAGAAGACAGGAAGGAGUGGAAAAGGUGGAAGCCUAUUGCACUGCGAUAACUCUCACAGGCCUCCCAGCUCUGUUCUACCACUGAGAAGGCGUGAAAGGGUUAACCAGAACUUGCCAAGAAACAUCUCACUGUUUCCAACAAGAGGACGAAUAAUAAGGGAACUAAUUUGAUUGUUGAGCUCGGUUUCAGCAUUUUGAACUUGAUUUCACAGUGUGGGUUUGGAUCCAGCAAUUUUUUACACCCUCUCUUUUUCUCCACCCUUGUUGAUCCCCAUAUAAAAAAGCACAAAGCUCCAAAUAAAAAGUCAUCAUGAGCACUAACGAUUACUACGACCAGCAUCAGCUGCACCAGGGUGAGGAAGCAGAGGAGAUGCCAGCUACAGAGAAAGACCUUGCAGAAGAUGCCCCCUGGAAGAAGAUCCAGCAGAACACCUUCACAAGGUGGUGCAAUGAACAUCUCAAAUGUAUGAACAAGCGCAUAGGGGACCUUCAGAAAGACCUGACUGAUGGCCUUAAGCUCAUUGCCCUCCUAGAGGUACUGAGUCAGAAGAAAAUGUACAGAAAGUACCACUCUAGACCAAACUUCAGGCAGAUGAAGCUGGAGAAUGUCUCUGUGGCACUGGAAUUCCUGGACAGAGAACAUAUCAAGCUGGUGUCCAUAGAUUCAAAAGCUAUUGUAGAUGGAAACCUGAAGCUGAUCCUGGGUCUUAUCUGGACACUUAUUCUACACUACUCUAUCUCUAUGCCUAUGUGGGAAGAUGAGGAUGAGGAAGAUAUCAAGAAGCAAACACCAAAGCAAAGACUUCUGGGAUGGAUUCAGAACAAGAUACCGCAGCUACCUAUCACUAACUUCCACAGGGACUGGCAGGAUGGAAAGGCACUGGGUGCACUGGUGGACAACUGUGCACCAGGUCUCUGCCCAGACUGGGAGGCAUGGGACCCCAACCAACCUGUGGAGAACGCAAGGGAGGCAAUGCAGCAGGCAGACGACUGGCUAGGAGUACCACAGGUUAUCGCCCCUGAAGAGAUUGUGGAUCCCAACGUAGAUGAACACUCAGUCAUGACCUAUCUGUCCCAGUUCCCCAAAGCAAAGCUGAAGCCUGGAGCACCUCUUCGAUCUAAGCAGCUGCAUCCUAAGAAAGCCAAUGCUUAUGGUCCAGGUAUUGAACCUCACGGAAACAUGGUUUUGAAGCCCGCCUUUUUCACAGUGGAGACCAUUGAAGCUGGUCUUGGAGAAGUGCUGGUUUAUGUAGAAGAUCCUGAGGGGCACACUGAAGAGGCCAAAGUUAUCCCCAACAAUGACAAGAAAAGAACAUAUUCAGUCAGCUAUGUGCCAAAAGUGGCAGGCCUCCACAAGGUCACGGUGUUAUUUGCUGGUCAGAACAUCAACAAGAGUCCAUUUGACGUCAAUGUAGCCAUGGCACUUGGAGACGCUAACAAGGUUACAGCACGAGGACCCGGUCUGGAACCUGUGGGAAAUGUUGCGAACAAGCCUACGUAUUUUGAUAUCUACACUGCAGGUGCUGGGUCUGGUGAUGUUGGUGUGGUCAUCGUUGAUCCCCAGAAUCGUCAUGACACAGUGGAAGUUAUUCUGGAAGAUAAAGGUGAUAAUAUCUAUCGCUGCACUUACAGACCUAAUAUGGAGGGACCUCACAAGGUCUUCAUUAACUUCGCUGGAGCUCAGAUUCCCAAAUGUCCACAUGUUGUUAACAUAGCAGAAGCAUGUAACCCUAAUGCCUGCAGAGCUUCAGGUCGCGGACUUCAGCCAAAAGGUGUCCGUGUCAAGGAAAUUGCUGAUUUUAAAGUAUUCACCAAAGGAGCUGGAAGUGGAGAACUCAAAGUAUCAGUGAAAGGACCCAAGGGCACAGAGGAGCCGGUGAAAGUCCGUGAUGUCGGGGAUGGUGUGUACGAGUGUGACUAUUACCCAGUGGUGCCCGGAAAGUACACUGUAACAAUCACAUGGGGUGGAUACGCAAUUCCUAGAAGCCCAUUUGAGGUCUAUGUAAGCCCUGAAGUAGGAAUACAGAAAGUGCGAGCAUGGGGUCCAGGCCUGGAAACUGGAAUGGUGGGCAAAUCAGCAGAUUUUGUAGUGGAAGCCAUCGGUACAGAAGUUGGAACACUUGGCUUUUCCAUUGAGGGGCCCUCACAGGCAAAAAUUGAAUGUGAUGACAAGGGAGAUGGAUCGUGUGAUGUUCGCUACUGGCCAACUGAGCCUGGCGAGUAUGCCGUGCAUGUGAUCUGUGAUGAUGAAGAUAUCAAGGAUAGCCCCUUCAUUGCUCACAUUCUGCCAGCCAGCAACAAAGCCUUUCCGGAGAAGGUGAAGGCCUAUGGUCCUGGUCUGGAACCCACAGGUGUCAUUGUAGAACAUCCUGCUGAAUUCACCAUUGAUGCCCGUGCUGCUGGGACUGCUGAGCUGAAGAUCUAUGCUCAGGAUGCAGAGGGAACACCCAUUGACAUCAAGAUCAAAGACAACGGGGACAACACAUAUGUGUGUGUGUAUGUACCAAUCAAACCAAUCAAACACACCAUCAUCAUCUCAUGGGGAGGAGUCAAUAUCCCUAACAGCCCAUACCGGGUGGCAGUGGGGGAAGGAAGUCACCCCAGCAAAGUUAAAGUUUAUGGGCCUGGUGUUGAAAAGACAGGUCUGAAAGCCAAUGAGCCAACUUAUUUCACUGUGGACUGCAGUGAGGCAGGACAAGGAGAUGUCAGCAUUGGAAUCAAAUGUGCCCCUGGUGUUGUGGGACCGGCAGAAGCAGAUAUUGACUUUGACAUAAUUAAAAAUGAUAAUGAUACUUUCACUGUGAAAUACACUCCACCAGGAGCUGGGAGAUAUACCAUUAUGGUCUUAUUCGCUGACCAGGAAAUACCAAUUAGCCCCUUCCGAGUCAAGGUAGACCCAUCACAUGAUGCUAACAAAGUAAGAGCAGAAGGUCCAGGGCUCAACCGCACAGGAGUGGAGGUCGGUAAGCCCACUCAUUUCACAGUGUACACCAAGGGUGCUGGAAAGGCUCGGCUGGACGUUCAAUUUACUGGGACCGUGAAGGGUGAAGUUGUUCAAGACUUUGAAAUCAUUGACAACCAUGACUACUCAUACACUGUGAAGUACACAGCUAUCCAGGAGGGUAAUAUAAGCAUCUCAGUAACAUAUGGAGGGGACCCCAUCCCUAAGAGUCCUUUUAUUGUGAAUGUAGCACCACCUCUUGAUCUUGGCAAGGUGAAAGUGCAAGGCCUUAACAAUAAGGUGGAUGUUGGAAAGGAUCAAGAGUUCUCCAUAAAUACAAGUGGAGCUGGUGGUCAGGGCAAGGUAGAUGUGAAGAUCACAUCUCCAUCACGUCGUCCUAUUCCCUGCAAAGUGGAAACUGGUGUCACCAGUGAAAUUCACACUGUAAAAUAUAUGCCUCCUGAGGAGGGACCAUAUAAGGUGGAGAUCAGCUAUGAUGGCCACCCUGUGCCUGGAAGCCCAUUCUCUGUAGAGGCCGUCAUGCCACCUGAUCCUUCUAAGGUUCGUGCCUAUGGACCAGGACUGAAAGGAGGCUUUGUGGGUAAGCCUGCUCCAUUUGCAAUUGACACCAAAGGGGCUGGUACAGGAGGACUUGGCUUGACGGUAGAAGGACCAUGUGAAGCCAAGAUUGAAUGCCAGGAUAACGGAGAUGGUUCUUGUUCCGUUUCAUACCUCCCCACCGAGCCAGGAGAAUAUUCUAUCAACAUCUUGUUUGCUGAAGCCCAUAUCCCUGGUUCACCAUUCAAGGCUGACAUCAGGCCUGUGUUUGAUCCAAGCAAAGUGACCGCAAGUGGACCUGGCCUAGAAAGAGGAAAGGCUGGCGAGGUAGCCACCUUUACUGUGGAUUGCUCCAAAGCUGGUGAUGCUGAGCUCACUAUUGAGAUCCUAUCAGAUUCGGGCGCUAAAGCUGAGGUUCUCAUUCAAAAUAACAGUGAUGGUACCUAUAGUAUUACAUACAUCCCAUCGUGCCCUGGGGCUUACACCAUCACAAUCAAAUAUGGAGGACAUGCAGUGCCAAAAUUCCCAGUCCAGGUUAAUGUGGAACCAGCUGUGGACACCAGCGGAGUGAAGGUUUAUGGCCCAGGGGUAGAGCCCAGAGGUGUAUUACGUGAGGUUCUGACAGAAUUUACUGUGGACGCCCGUUCAUUAACUAAAACUGGUGGAAGUCAUGUGACCACCCGUAUCAUCAGCCCUUCUGGUGCCGUCACUGAAAGCUUUAUAUCGGAUAAGGGGGAUGGAACAUAUCAUGUGCAGUAUACAGCCUAUGAGGAUGGCAUUCAUUUAGUAGAGAUACUAUACGAUGACGUUCCAGUGCCUAAGAGUCCGUUCCGUGUCUCCGUCACCGAAGGCUGUGAUCCAACCCGUGUACGAGCAUAUGGCCCUGGACUGGAAGGUGGAUUUCUUAACAAGUCUAAUCGCUUCACUGUGGAAACAAGGGGUGCUGGCACUGGUGGUCUUGGACUUGCAAUUGAAGGUCCUUCUGAAGCAAAAAUGUCAUGUAAAGAUAAUAAAGAUGGCAGCUGUAGUGUGGAAUAUAUUCCUUUCACACCAGGAGAGUAUGAUGUCAAUAUCACCUUUGGUGGGCGACCAAUCCCAGGAAGUCCUUUCCGUGUGCCAGUAAAGGAGGUGGUGGACCCCAGCAAAGUGAAAUGUUCAGGUCCUGGGUUGGGGACUGGUGUUAGGGCACAUGUCCCUCAGACCUUCACUGUUGACUGCAGCAAGGCUGGCCUGGCACCUCUAGAGGUGUUGGUGCAUGGACCGUCAGGUUUGGCAGAGCCAGUUGAUGUACGAGAUAAUGGUGAUGGGACUCACACAGCAAAUUAUACUCCUGCCACAGAUGGUCCAUACACUGUGUCUGUAAGAUAUGCAGACCAGGAAGUUCCACGCAGCCCUUUCAAGAUCAAGGUACUGCCAACACAUGAUGCAAGCAAAGUGCGUGCCAGUGGCCCAGGACUCAACACAGCAGGCAUCCCAGCCAGUUUACCUGUUGAGUUUACCAUUGAUGCUCGUGAUGCCGGAGAGGGGCUCCUGACUGUUCAGAUUCUAGACCCUGAAGGAAAGCCAAAGAAAGCUAAUAUUCGGGGAAAUGGUGACGGUACAUACACAGUGUCUUACGUGCCGGACAUGGCAGGAAGAUACACUAUUACCAUUAAGUACGGGGGAGAUGAAAUUCCCUAUUCUCCUUUCCGUAUUCAUGCAGUGCCCACUGGUGAUGCCAGCAAGUGCUUAGUGACAGUGUCCCUUGGAGGACAUGGAUUAGGAGCUUGCCUCGGACCCACCAUUCAAAUUGGAGAGGAGACAGUCAUCACAGUUGAUGCUAAAGCUGCAGGAAAGGGAAAGGUUACCUGCAAGGUUUCUACACCCGAUGGAGCAGAACUCGAUGUAGAUGUGGUAGAAAACCAGGAUGGUACUUUUGAUAUUUACUACACAGCACCUGAACCAGGGAAAUACAUCAUCACCAUUCGUUUUGGUGGAGAACACAUUCCCAACAGUCCCUUCCAUGUGGUGGCUUGUGAUACCAUCCCAAUCAUAGAGGAGCCAUGUGACACUGUGCAGCUACAUCAGCCCUAUGCUGCACACCUCCCCGGCUAUCCAACUCACUGGGCUACUGAAGAACCUGUUGUUCCCGUUGAUAAUCUGGACACCAUGCUCAGGCCAUUCAAUCUAGUGAUUCCUUUCACUGUGCAGAAAGGAGAGAUUACAGGUGAGGUCCGCAUGCCAUCUGGCAAGACUGCUAGACCCAACAUCACUGACAACAAAGACGGCACAGUUACUGUGAAAUUUGCUCCAGUGGAAAAGGGAUUGCAUGAAAUGGACAUUAAAUAUGAUGGAAAUCACAUUCCAGGGAGCCCACUGCAGUUUUACGUAGAUGCCAUUAACAGCCGACAUGUGAGCGCAUAUGGACCAGGGCUUAGCCACGGCAUGGUAAACAAGCCUGCCACAUUUACUAUUAUUACAAAGGAUGCUGGAGAAGGUGGCUUAUCACUGGCUGUAGAAGGUCCAUCCAAAGCAGAAAUCACAUGCAAGGACAAUAAAGAUGGUACAUGCACUGUGUCUUAUCUGCCCACGGCUCCUGGAGACUACAACAUCAUUGUGCGAUUUGAUGACAAGCACAUUGCUGGCAGUCCUUUCACAGCAAAGAUUACAGGUGAUGACUCCAUGAGAACUUCCCAACUCAACGUGGGAACCUCAACCGAUGUGUCCCUCAAGAUCACAGAGACAGAUUUAAGUAUGUUAACUGCCAGUAUCAGAGCCCCAUCUGGCAACGAGGAACCUUGCCUACUAAAGAGACUGCCUAAUAGGCAUAUUGGAAUCUCAUUCACGCCUAAAGAGGUGGGAGAGCAUGUGGUAAGUGUAAAGAAGAAUGGAAAACAUGUUACAAACAGCCCAUUCAAGAUCCUGGUUGGACAGUCGGAGAUUGGUGAUGCAAGCAAAGUGAAAGUUUCAGGGAAGGGACUGCUGGAAGGCAUUACAUUUGAGGUGUCUGAAUUCAUAGUUGACACCAGAAAUGCAGGCUACGGAGGUUUAGGUUUGUCUAUUGAAGGCCCAAGCAAAGUAGAUAUAAAUUGUGAGGAUGUAGAAGAUGGAACAUGUAAAGUGUCUUAUUGUCCUACUGAGCCAGGAACAUACAUCAUAAACAUCAAGUUUGCAGAUAAACACGUACCAGGAAGUCCUUUUAUGGUGAAGGUGACAGGUGAAGGACGUAUGAAAGAAAGCAUAACCAGAAAACGUCAAGCUUCUUCUAUUGCCAGUAUCGGUAGCACAUGUGAUCUCAACCUCAAGAUUCCAGGCAACUGGUUCCAGAUGGUCUCAGCCCAGGAGCGCCUCACACGCACAUUCACACGUAGCAGUCAUACAUAUACACGCACUGAACGCACAGAGAUCAGCAAGACACGUGGAGGUGAAACAAAGCGUGAAGUGCGGGUUGAAGAAUCUACACAGGUUGGAGGUGACCCCUUUCACAAUGUUUUUGGAGACUUCCUUGGCCGGGAGAGUCUAGGUUCAUUUGGCAGCAUUGCACGACAGGAAGGUGAAGUAGGCUCUCAAGAUAUGACAGCUCAAGUCACCAGCCCUUCUGGAAAAACAGCAGAUGCAGAGAUUAUUGAUGGAGAAGACAGCACAUACAGUGUGCGUUUUGUUCCACAAGAGAUGGGAUCUCAUACUGUUAGUGUAAAGUACAGAGGUCAACAUGUUCCUGGAAGUCCUUUCCAGUUCACAGUAGGGCCUAUGGGUGAAGGAGGAGCCCACAAAGUGAGAGCAGGAGGCACUGGAUUGGAGCGUGGAGUUGCUGGUGUCCCUGCUGAAUUCAGCAUAUGGACUCGAGAGGCUGGAGCUGGUGGUCUGUCCAUUGCAGUUGAAGGUCCUAGUAAAGCAGAGAUCUCUUUUGAAGAUCGCAAAGAUGGGUCCUGUGGAGUCUCCUACAUUGUACAGGAAGCUGGUGACUAUGAAGUGUCAAUCAAAUUUAAUGAUGAGCACAUCCCUGACAGCCCUUUUGUGGUGCCAGUAGCCUCCCAUUCAGAUGAUGCAUGCAGACUGAAUGUCACUAGUCUACAGGAGACUGGAUUGAAGGUCAGUCAGCCAGCCACUUUUGCAGUUCAGUUAAAUGGAGCUCGUGGGAUCAUAGAUGCUAAAGUACACACCCCAUCUGGUAUUGUAGAAGAAUGCUAUGUGUCAGAAGUGGACAGUGAUAAAUACUCAAUACGUUUCAUUCCUCGUGAAAAUGGAGUUCAUUCAAUUGACAUCAAAUUUAAUGGACGCCAUAUCCCAGGAAGCCCUUUCAAAAUUCGUGUGGGUGAGCAAAGUCAAGCCGGUGAUCCUGGGUUGGUUACGGCAUAUGGACCUGGGCUUGAGGGUGGAGUCACCGGGAGACCUUCUGAAUUUGUAGUGAAUACUUUGAAUGCUGGGUCUGGAUCUUUAUCUGUGACAAUUGAUGGACCUUCAAAGGUGAAGCUGGACUGUCAAGAUUGUCCUGAUGGUUAUAAAUUAUCUUAUACUCCAAUGGCUCCUGGGAAUUAUCUAAUCUCAAUCAAAUAUGGAGGACCCCAACACAUAGUUAGAAGUCCAUUCAAGGCCCGUGUGACAGGAGUGAGGCUCUCUGGUGGUCACAGCCUGCAUGAAACCUCUACAGUGCUGGUAGAGACAGUUACAAAAUCCUCUGCCUCUGUAGGAGGCUAUGGAAUGGCAGUGCCUAAAUUUGCAUCUGAUGCUUCCAAAGUAGUCUCUAGAGGCCCUGGUCUUUCAAAAGCCUUUGUUGGACAGAAAAACACUUUUACUGUAGACUGCAGCAAAGCAGGCACCAACAUGCUGAUGGUAGGAGUCCAUGGGCCAAAGACACCAUGCGAGGAAGUAUAUGUGAAGCACAUGGGGAAUCGAUUGUACAAUGUGACCUACACUGUAAAAGACAAAGGGGAUUAUAUUCUCAUUGUCAAGUGGGGUGACCAGAAUGUUCCUGGAAGUCCCUUCCAAGUCUCAGUGCCUUGAAAAAUGAUUCAUAACCCAAGAGGCUCUGCAAGAAGCCUACUACCUUGCCAGUGAGGGACAAGUUCUUAUCUUUUUUAUGCAAAUGCACUGAUUUAAAAAAUAAAAAUAAACUGUCAUAGCUAUAAUUCACAAAGUGCUUUUGUUCAUCCAACCUAAGGACUUUGAUGGCAUGGUAAUGGAAAACAAGUGUGCACAUCACCCACAAUGUCCAUGUCCUUUCUGCUUUUUACAAAAUCUUCCUUUAUAUUAUGGUUGGUGUUAUAUUUUCUAUUGUUGCUACCUGUGUUGUUUUAUAUGCGCUUUGUUUUCUAUUUUUAUUUGUGGGGAGGGUACUUUUUGGGUAAAUGGGUAAGGGGGAGGCGAUAGAGGUCAUGGAGUCAUAAUAUGGUCCCUGUUGGUUAUUGGGAAGGUACAAUGAUGUUUCCAUAUUAAUAUUUUCUUAAAGGCUCUUUUAUAUUUUAGUUUGUUCUAUGUCCUCAAUCACAAGAGUAUCACUGAUAGUGAAGCACAACAAUAACCAACCAGCAUUAGUAAAACCCACGCAGAAAAAUCGAGCUCAGAGAUUUCUAUUAGCCAUACAUUUUGUAUGAGAACAUGUGGUCUGGAGAAAAUCUUGCAGUUUUUGAAAAUGUUUUUUAUUUUUUAUUUUACUUCUCAUGAUAAAGUGAUGCAAGUUUCUGUUAACUUGAAGUUUAGCUCUUUUAAUGUCGAUAUCCAUGUUUAGCUCUAUGACCUCUAUCAGGACAGUCUCUAAAUAAUAUAAUUGGUUGUCGUAGCACUGUUAUAAGGGCGGAGCCAAUAUCACAUGGUGCUUACUAUGUGACUGCAUUUUAUAGGAAGAUAUUUUCUAUGCAUCAAUGACAAUGAUAACAUUGUGUCAUUUGUUACUGAUAAUAUGAUUGGUGCAUACUGAACAAAAUAAAAAUGCAUUGCUAAUGUG